CAGGCGGACGGCAAGAGGUUAAUUUUAUUUGUUGGGCAACGGGAAGCCAGUGGAGGGAUUGGCAGAAAGGGGUGGAGGACACUCAAUGGAGGCCAGUGGAGGGAUUGGCAGAGAGGGGUGGAGGACACUGAGUGGAGGCCAGUGGAGGGAUUGGCAGAAAGAGGUGGAGGACACUCAAUGGAGGCCAGUGGAGGGAUUGGCAGAGAGGGGUGGAGGACACAGAGUGGAGGCCAGUGUAGGGAUUGGCAGAGAGUGGUGGAGGACACAGAGUGGAGGCCAGUGUAGGGAUUGGCAGAGAGGGGUGGAGGACACUGAAUGGAGGCCAGUGGAGGGAUUGGCAGAGAGGGGUGGAGGACACUGAAUGGAAGUCAGUGGAGGGAUUGGCAGAGAGGGAUGGAGGACACUGAAUGGAGGCCAGUGGAGGGAUUGGCAGAUGUUGCGGAGGUUGGAGAAGUUGCGGAGGUUGGAGAUGUUGCAGAGAGGUUGGAGAUGUUGCGGAGGUUGGAGAUGUUGCGGAGGUUGGCGUUGAGAGGUUGGAGAUGUUGCGGAGGUUGGAGAUGUUGCAGAGGUUGGAGAUGUUGCGGAGGUUGGAGAUGUUGCAGAGGUUGGAGAUGUUGCAGAGGUUGGAGAUGUUGCAGAGGUUGGAGAUGUUGCAGAGGUUGGAGAUGUUGCGGAGGUGAAGUCUACAUGAGUUUGUCAACG